AUGAACACCACCAUCACAAUCCACCACGGCCCCUACGAAACCAUUCCCCCCACCGCAUCCCCCGGCCUCCUCUUCCUCCAACGCUUCCUUCCCACCGCCGACUCCCUCAGCCCACACGACUCCAUCCGCACCUUCUUCACCCCCAACGCCCCCAUCCUCAUCGGCAGUAACCCGCCAACGCCAGCAAACGAUGUAAUCCCCCUCCUCCAAGUCCGCGGCCGCCAUCUCGCACACUUCCGUCAUGAAGUGCAUCUCGCCUGGGACAUGGAUUUAAGUCGGGAAACUGGCGUCACGGAUACACCAUCCUCAACGCAGACUAGCGCCAGUCACAAGACCGACGGCGACGGUAGUAAUGACGACGGUGGUGCUUCCACAACGCCAGCCUCCGCCUCAAACGCCCUCUACGCCCAGCUAACAAGCGGCGUCCGCCUCAAACGAACCGUCAUGUUCGAGGCAACCUCCGAAACGGUCUUCAAGAACGACCCUGACCAGUUCGCGGUCAAGUUACGCGAGUUUAAUAUCCUUGAUUUGGAGGGGAGUUCUGUGGAUGAUUUGCAGAUUGUGGAGAUGAGGGUUUUUUUGGAUUCGAGGCCUGUGCAGGCGAGAGCGGCGAGGUUGCAUAUGGAGAGUGCUUUUGGCGAUGGAGCGACGCAGGAGGCGCCGGGUUAG